CGCCGCACAGUCCCCCGCCUUCCCGCCACAUCGCAUGUCACCCUCUGAGGUAUGUCGAUCCUGGUCGGAUUCUUGUAGCGUCCCGAUAGUGAGAACCAAAACACCUCACACUUGUACUUGUGGCUCUCUACCGCAUUGGCGGGCGGCCGGAUGCCUUCGCUGAUGUAGACACCGAACAGAUACGGGCCUUCGCGGAUGACUAUCAUCAAGUCCGUCUCAUUCUCCACACGGUCCAGCAGCUCGCCAUACGAUGCUCAAUCCACAGAGGCCCUGUAUCACACACACACACAACAAACAGCCACUGUAAGUGCUUUGAUGCACCACACGUGAGUGUGUUUGAACAGACACAUACCGGUGGAGCGUGUCGACCAUCGUGUCAUUUGAUGGCUUCAGCAGGCUAAGCAGCCCGCCGUACUCCACAUCAGAUAGCGACAAGCCGGCAGGUGGUUGAGCAGGCGGUGGCGGGGGGGGCGGGGCAGUCGGUUGUGGCGGGUACACUUGAAGCACCUCUAGCUCAUCUGCCCGAAACUCAAACGACCCCGCCAGCCAAGCAUACUUACGGUCGCCCCUGUCGGUGGGGUCACCAGAGUUUCCCCCCCGCACACCCUCGUAGCCGUCUGGAACAUACUCUAUGGGGAUGUCUUGAAAGCCGCUGUCGAUCCAGCCAUCGUCAUAAUACGGCUCGUUCAAGCCCAACAUCAACCUUCCGCCGAUAAGCACCCUCGAUCCACACGCGAUGUCCCAGGCGCUGGGUAUACGGUCACAGUAGUCUCCCACCCUGCCCACCACCCGUAUCUCCUGCCACGAUUGCCAUAGCUUGAUUUCGGUCGGCGUGUCGAAGUGGCCCGCCAGUGAGAACCACGACACCUCACUCUUGUAGAUAUGCAUCUUGGUCGCGUUGGCGGGAGUUUGGAUGCCGUCUUUGAUGUAGACGGCAAAGAGAUACUGGUCUUUGCGGAUCACAAUCACCACGUCCGUCUUGUUCUCCACAAGGUCCAGCAGAUCGCCAUAAAAUGUGCCGUCCCAAGUGGCCCUGCAUGCCACACAUACACACACACACACACACACACGACAGACAGCUAUUGUUGAUGAGGUGCACCAAAAUACACAUCUGUAUAUAUGUGUGUAUACCGACCUGUAGAGGGUCGUGAGCUUCGUAUCGUUCUUUGCUUCCAGCAGGCCACGGAGGCCCUCGUAUUCUGACUGAGACAGGUUGGUGCCGACCGGAAAAGUGUCCUGCAAACGACGCACCUACACACGAAUGCACAGUCAGAGAGCCGCAGACAGACAGACAAACAGACAGACAUCGAGGAAAGGCAGCUGACUGAUUACGUUGCGGGUGCGUGUGUGAGCGUGAGUGUGCGUGUGGUACAGACGUACAUACCUCGUGUGUUGUGCUUGUGGGCGUCGAACAGAGGGCGAGCGUGACGGCCAAGGCCAACAGCAUCAUGCCACGGAGAGCCACCAUUGGGUGAGGGACCGAAGGACACGCACACAGCUACUCUGUGAACAGUGAUCCGCGUAGAUCCGCAGGAAGAAGGACACGCUGACGGACACAGAGAGAUCUGGCCACGACAUUCACUCACGGGACGGCAGGAAGGAUACGCAACAGACAGGUGAAGACAGACAAUAGAUGGGUGAGUGAUCCACGAGAUCAGGCAAGCAGAUCUCCC